CGAGACAGGUGUUUUGGGAAACGAUGAACAUGUUUACAUUCGGUUUUGCAACAUGUGAUGUAAAAUGUUUUUUCCUCCAACAACGGCGUUGGAUGUUAUGAUGUGACCGCCUCUGCUGUGACAUGGCAUCCGUCAACCUACAGAUGGAGUUGGAAGGGCUGUCGACACGACAAGCCUUAAUGAUGCUCUAUGAGGAGAUAGAAGCAGAGCUAAAGGUUUUCAAAUCUGCAUUCAAGAGUGCUAGAUGGAAGCUUCCAUUUCAAGUUUUCCGAAUGAGUAACACAAAGUCUUCCUUCCACUGGUCCAGCAUUAUACUACUUGUGUUGUGUGCAGGUUUCUUACUUGUAGCAUAUGGAGUGCCUAUCUCUGUUGGAGGCGAGGAGAAGUUUUACAAAGACCCCUGGUGGACAGUGGAGGCAUUGGUGUUGCUGGUGAUCCUGGCUCUCAGCUGCUACCUGACAGGCUGGGAUUACUCUGUGGAGAAGGAGGAAGUAGCCAGGUUACUGGAGCAGGCACUUGACAAGGUCAAAGAUUGUUACAAAAGCUGCACCUGGAAUGGAAGAAACUACCCUGACAUCCAUUCCCCACUUUCUCCAUCUGUAUCCCUUCAGUGGACCUUACGGGAAGGAGAAGUGGUCAAUAUGCCAAAGUGUUUGCUGGUCAAAGGGGACAUUGUACUGCUGAGACCAGGUCAGCUUGUGCCUGCAAUGUGUCGCAGCCUUGAGGACUACCCUUCUGAGGUCACUCUAAGUGGAGGUGAAGUGUUUGCUCCUGGGGAACAGAAAAGCUCGGAAAGCUUUAGUUUACCCCAAGGGCGUACUCCUCUCAAGGCUCAGAAAUUCCUCUUGUUAGAAACACCCUAUAUCUACAAUUUGAGGCAGAUGCUACGCCGAGACCGUGAGAGGCCUGUCAGUGUAGUGGACAAUGAGCGGUACUAUGUGUGCACAGUCUGGUUAGAGCGCAGGGUGCUUCCAAUAGUGUUUGUUAUUAUGAUCAUUGUCAGUGUGGUCAGGUUUGUGUAUUUGAGGGGCAGUGUGGGAGACUGGACAGAAAUGAUCCUUGUACUGCCAAUCCAUGCUCUGCUUCCUUUGUUACCAAUCAUGUUCCCAGUAUUGUGGAAAGUGUUGAACUAUUUUGGUCAGGCCAGACUGCUUACAGCUUUUGAGAUAUGUAAAGAGCAGAAGCUGCAGGUGUCUGAGGGAAGCUUUGACAGUAACAGCGUGAUCUCUGUGGAGGAGGCUCGUGUUAACAUGGACUGGAAACAGGUACUGCAUACGAUGUGGCUCAUUGUCAUAGGCCGUUCACCCCUGCUCACCAGACAGGCCAACAUCAUGCACGUCAUGGGAUCUGUCACUUCUUUUUGUUGUGUGGAUAAGAAGGGAGUGUUGUCCUGGGCCAAUCCAACUGCAGAGAAGGUUUUUUUCAUGACCAAGCAGCCGUCAGAUAAACAAGAUUCUCAGAUCUCAACUAGCCGUUUUGUGGAUGAAAUAAUCAUGGAAAGUUCUGCUGAAUCCAAGAAAGGACACAAAAAGAAGAGAAACCUGUCAAGCAUGAAUGGAAUUUCUCUUGAGCAAGAGUGUCAUUUUGAAGUUCUGGACCUGACACAUGAUGCCAAGAGUACAUUUGGGCUACAGUUUGAUGAUCCAACAUGGCAGAAAAACAUCACCUCUUUGAAACCACUCGGAUUAAGCAUCCUCCUGAACACCUGUAACUCAGCUGCCAAGGCCUGGUACUCCCAGUUCACUGACCAUGUGGCCUCCUCAGCUGUCAAGAACAAAGAGACUGUGGCUGUGGUCAACCGACGGUGUCUAUGUGAGUUGGCUCGACAGAUGGGCUUUUCAGAGAAGGCAACCAUCCUCUUUGAUCUGGAACAGUGUUUUGGCAUGUACAAACAAGUGCCAGCUGAAGAAGCUGCUAAGGAGAAGAUGCACCGUGCACACUCCACAGUUCAACACAAAAUUCCCAUGCCAAAUAUGGUGUCUGUGGUCGUGAAAGAACACAUAUCUGGAAUGCGUCAACUGAUGUCACAAGGGACAGCAGACAUGGUCCUCGACAGCUGCUCAGAUUACUGGGAUGGGACAGACCUCCAAAUGAUCACAGAGUCAGACAGGAAGAAGAUCCUGGACUUUUACCACAGGACUAGUAUGGUGUCCUACUGUACAGCAUUCUCCUAUCGUCCUAUGCCCCAGAAUGUAGCUAAUCAUUUACGUAACUUCUUCAUUGAACUUCCAGAGGACAGCUCCAGCAUUUACCCACACAUGCAUGCUGGUGAGAGUUCUUUGAGUGUGACCCCAGAGAAUUCCCAGUCUGACCUCCCGAGGUCUCUGAGUGCAGACACCCUUGUGGGAGAUCACUCCCAGCCUGUGGAGGACAUUUUUGGUUGUUUCUCUGCUCAGUGUAAUCAGGUCUUCAUCGGGAUGGUUACCAUGCAAUAUCAGGCAAGGCAGGAUAUUGUUCAGCUUAUAGACCAGUUGGAAACAGCAUGUAUCCGAUUUGUCCAUUUUAGUGAGGAAAAUGAGCUUCGCAGUCGGGUGUUUUCAGAGAAGAUGGGCCUGGAGGCUGGGUGGAACUGUCACAUCUCAUUGCUCCCCUCAGAUGGAGAAGUGUACCAGUCCAGCUCCCCUCUGAUAUCCCCGGGAGACAUGUCACACCUUACCUCCAAAUACUCAAGCAGACACUCCACAGACACACUCAACAAGGACACACACCCUAUGGUCAAGUUAAAAGAGGACUCUGUCCACUCUAUAGCCAAGAGCUACAGUGCUCCCAGUCUGAUUAACAUGGAAACUACCCAGGUGAAGUUCUGUGUGGUGGAUCAGAUCACCACCAAUGGGGAGGCAGAAGACAAAUGGCAGGAAGUUGGAGAGGACCACCCACACCAUGAUGAAACCUUGUCUUUGAUUAGCUCGCAUGAGCGUGUUGUGAAGACCCCACAGGAAGUCUCUAUAUCAGAUGAUGAUCAGGACCACCAGUCAGACAGUCACCAUACCUCCAGCUUUGUCACGGUCAAUACGGAGGACAGUCUGACAGCCAUGCUAGACAACAGGGCUAAACUUCCACGAGGUAUCGAUGAUAUCCGGCCUCACCUUGAGAACGUAGACAAUGUCCCUCUGUUGGUCAGUCUCUUCACAGACUGUACUCAAGCAACCACCUGUGAGAUGGUGAAGAUCAUGCAGGAGUAUGGGGAGGUGGUGCUCUGUCUGGGUAGCUCAGUCAACAUCAACAACACAGGCAUAUUCCUUCAGGCUGAUGCCAGUGUAUCUGUGCAGCCGUUGUUGCCUCAGAUCUGUGCUCGUCAGGAGGUGAUGAUUGAGCCGUGGGAGGAGGACAAACUCUCCCCUGUACAGCUCGCCAGUACCUUACUCACCCUGCCCUGCUCACUCUUCUUCAAGAGGGAGGAUAACAUUCACUUUGUUCAGCUCAUUGCAGAAGCUCGCCAUUACCUAAUGAUGAUGAGGAACUGUUUCCAGUUCAUGUUGUGUUGUCAGCUAAGCCUGAGCCUGAUCCAAGUGUUGUCUAGCCUCACUCUCCACCUGCCACCUGUCUUGUCCAGUCGUCACAUACUCUGGCUGCUCUGUGUGGUCAUCCCUUCCCUCAGCCUCACCAUGAUGGGCAACCAGGUGGACACCCGCAUCAUGAUGGAGGCCACGGGCAAAAACAACAGACACAUCAAUAAAGAGGUAAUUUUACAGUUUUUGUUGUACUACGGCCUGCGCUUCGUUCCCUCGGUUGCCAUCUGUCUUGUUUGUUGUGGGCUCAACUCUGUAGCUGCGUGUGCCUCAGGAAGCAGUGAUUUGGCUAAUCGAACAGCUUGUCUCUACUUCCAAAGUGAUAGUGAGAUGGAUGUAUGGAAUAGCUGGGAGAUUUCUUACAGAGAGGAAAUAUCCCUUAUCCAGAACUUUGUAUUAUUUCAACUUGUUUUAUAUUUUGUGCUGAUCUCCAUGUCUUACGUGCACAAAUAUAACCAUGUAUGGCAGAGCCCACCUUUUACAAACAGGGGCUGGUUGGCUGUAUGUAUUACUCUGCUAUUGUGUCAACUUGUCUACUUUGUCUGUGAUGUGGCAGCAAAUUCUCACCAGGAAAUGCCAGCCUUACUCGGCUUUAUUCCUGUAAUCUCAUGGGGACUUGCUUUAGGCUGGCCACUUAUACUGGUAGCAUACACAGAACUGGUCAAAAUGCAGGAAAUCAAAUUAUGGGUGAGAUAUCAAAAGAGAGCAAGGUUGAACUUUGGUACAAAACUGGGAAUGAACUCGCCAUUUUAAUCCCUCUACACUUUGAAGAUGUAAUUUGAGCUGAGAUUGAAUCAUCUAAUAAGAACUUUGUUAGGAUUUGAUGUUAAAACUUAUCAAUGUAGACAUAAUGACACAUUUACCUCUCCUUCAAGUGUCUAUCUGCUGGCAGAUAGAAUAUCUCGAGGCAAUAGUCUUUGACCCUAUCACUUGUAUUUAUUUUUAUCAGGCAUCUUACAAAGCAAAUAGAGUAGUUUAUGCAUUAUUGUGAAGUAUGUGUACAUCUUUAAGAAUUUAAAAAUGAAUGAAAUGUGGAAUGGUGGAUUAUUUUUUUUUUAAAAAUUGUGAUCAUGGUAUUUCCAGUGUUGCAAUAUUAAUUGUAGUUGUUCAAGAGCCAUUUUAGCCAAUAUUCUUCUAUGGAUGAAUGGAAGAAUAUAGGAUCCUGUCCAGCACAAUGUGCAUUCAUUCAUACACCAUGCAUGAAUUUUCUCAGAUCUUCAAAUAAUCCUAAAUCUGACUGCUUACAGAAACAAAAUUUUCAGCCAUUCCCAUACAAAUUCCUAGAGUGACAUCAGUUUCCUGGAGAGGCGUCAUUUUUCCAAGAGUGACAUCAUUUUUCCCAGAGUGACAUAAUCUGUGACAUCUUAAUCACACUAAAGCUCAUUCAUGGAUGACGUAGUCUUCUGAGCAGGAGACGUCAACUGGAGCCUUGUGAAGGCAUAGUAGCAUCAAAUGAGGUAAUAUGACGUCACACCAGGAAUUUGUACCAGAAUGACUGAACAUUUGGUUUGUUGCACAGAAUUGCACUAGAGGGUCUUUAAUUUGCCCAAGAAGCUCAACAUAUCUUCACGUGACAACCAUUUGUGCACACAUGUACCCAUGUCGCAUACUAGCAAUUUUAGCCUGAAAUGUGUGUGCACCCGAAUGGCUCGUUAACUGUCUGUUCUUGGUAAAUUUCCAGAUUCUGGUUAUCAGCAUAUCAUCAGGUUUUAUUGAUAUGUUAGUAUUGUAAAUUUUCAGGUUUGCCUAACUUCACGUAUUUGUCUGUAAAUUGAAGAUAUUUCCAUUUUCUUGUCAAAUGUUAAAACAGUCAAGUUUUAAAAAAUAAGAAUAUUAUGGGAAGGUCAUAAUGAGUUUAGCUUUUUUUACUGCAACUCCCUCUUACACUGUAUAUCAUUGAUAUAUCCAUCCUCCAUGUUUCAGUUUGCUUAAUAUCCAUAGUGCUACCAACUAACUUGUGUUGUUUUAGAGAUUUCAUUGUAUUCUGCUUGGCUAGCUAGAACAUUGUGAUAAUCUUAAUUAGAACUGAGAUUGUUGAUGCAUCAUAUCUUUACCUGUUGUACGUGUUACCUGUGACAAUAAGUGUUUAUCAUAAAUUGAUAAAGAAAGUAAGGUUUUUUGGUUUGAUGCUCUGCAUUCAAGGAGAUGAAAAAGAAUGGUCAGCUCAAUUAUCUGCAUACUGUGGGUGACAGGCUGUGAUGUCAGAUGUGUCUGCAUCCAGUAAGUGACUGACAUAUCUACAUAUGCUGAGUGACUCGGCGGGAUGUCCGACGUGUCAGCAUCCAGUAAGUGACUAGCUGGGAUGUCAGAUGUGUCAGUAUACAGUAAGUAACUAGGUGGGAUGUCUGACGUGUCAGCAUACAGUGAGUGACUAGGUAAGAUGUCAGAUGUGUCUACUUACAGUGAGUGACUAGUUGGGAUGUCACAUGUGUCAGCAUACUGUGAGUGACUGAGUGGGAUGUCAGACAUGUCAGCAUACAGUAAGUGACUAGGUGGGAUGUCUGACAUGUCAGCAUAUUGUGAGU